CCAUCCUGCGAAGUGCGAAGCACAGCACACGCAGCAUAGGAAGCAGGUCUGAAUGAUUUGGGAUUUUGGGUAUAGUGAGUGAGUGAUGUUUGAACACAACACAACCAAAAUGGCUGGAAUCAAAAUUGGAACCUCUCUUCCUCUGUGUCUCCAUGACGAAUACUAAGACAGAGACAGAGACAGAGGUAUUUCUAAUUCAACUCACUCCUUCUUCAAUUUCUUCUACUUGCUCCUGCUGGCGCUUCCACACGCACAAUAUGGGUACGGAUUCGGAUUCCAACGCCUGGAACCGUGCUCGAGGCUUGGCGGUUAAGACUCUGUUACUCAUCGGUGGCGCACUUCUCGUCAAGCGCCUCCGCAAGUCCACCACGCGCUGGGACCACGCGCAUUUCGUCUCUAAGUCCCUCUCCGGCCAAAGGUAUUCCAAGGACCAAGCUUCCAGAGACCCUGAUAACUAUUUCAACAUUAGAAUGCUUACAUGCCCCGCAGCGGAGCUAGUCGAUGGUUCCAAGGUCUUGUAUUUUGAACAGGCUUUUUGGAGGAGUCCACAAAAGCCCUUUCGCCAGAGGUUUUUUAUGGUGAAACCUUGUCCUAAAGAGUUGAAAUGUGAUGUUGAGUUAAGUACAUACGCCAUUAGAGACAUGGAGGAGUACAAAAAUUUCUGCGAUAGACCAAGGGAUCAGCGUCCACAGCCAGAAGAAGUCAUUGGGGAUAUUGCAGAACAUUUGACAACAGUACAUCUUAAGCGUUGUCCACGUGGAAAGCGUUGCUUAUAUGAAGGUUCAACCCCACCUGGUGGAUUUCCUAAUUCAUGGCAGAAUGGGGCAACCUACUGUACUUCAGAACUUGCAAUUAUGAAGAACAACGAGAUACAUACCUGGGAUAGGGGUUAUGAUGACAAUGGAAAUCAAGUUUGGGGACAAAGAGAAGGCCCUUAUGAGUUCAAGCCUGCACCAACAUCCAGUUUUAAUGAUAUGUUUUCUCCCUUGAAUUUCCCCCCUCCACCAUCCAUGGAGAGAAGAAUAGAGGGUUCAUUUAUUUUGCAAGAAUAAAAGCGUUUCAUAUAACCACAAUGUGUAAUUGUGCUAUUGUAGCUGUCUGUCAAUAUAAUGUCUUCCUCGUUAGUCAGUACUAUUUUUGUCAAUAUUUUGAUUUCGGUUAUAUUUUGAUUUCAGUCCAUGUUUUAAAAGCAAUAGUCAAAUAAAGAGCUGAUUUCUUAGAGCA